AUGUCAAGGCCGGAAGGCGCAACGGCGGAACGGUCGAUAUUCCUAGACUACCCUUACGACUUCAUUGCUUUCGUUCCUCUGAGAGCGGCCAAGAGACGCCAUUGGGCCGUGUUCUAUGGCGGUACUGUCACUGUAAUGAUCUUCUGGCUCAUAACUCCCCUCCAGAGCGCGAUACUCGGUACCGGACCGGUAGAUGUCCGAAGAACGACAACUGUGUUCACACCUGAAGUGCCCCGGCCAGCAUCGGAACAGAUCCUGCCAAUGGAUCAGUCUAUUCUAAAUGAAGGCUAUGCCAUCACUUGGCUCAACCAAACCUAUCCUCCGUACACCACUGCUGAUUACACGCUUUUGCCUUUUACGGUUGACAGCAAUGUCACACAAACGGCGUCAACUAACUGGACUGGCUCUACAACUAAGUACUGGACUCAAAUUGAUUGUUGGCCAGCCCAAUUUGCUCCUCGCGGACCUUAUUACGAUUUCCUCGACGGCCGCGGCUGCAAUGCGAGCGAUAUUGUCCCUUACGGCGCAACGCCAAGCGGCGGUCAAAUCUAUAAGAUGCAAUACAUUGGCUACCAUAACAGCGCCUGGGCCGACUACUGGCUUUCACAGACGUGCUCCAAAGCUGCACAGCAUCAAUUUUUGGCCAUUUGGGCGCGUGUAAACGACGUUAGCGCCUCUUUUUGCGAAACGAAUUACUUCAAGCAGCAGGUCAACGCCACUGUUUCUUCUGUCGCCAAGAGGCCCCUCGAAGACUCCAUCGUGCCAACCGGGCCCCGCGAGCAACUCUCUUCGACAGAAUUCAACUCAUCAGCUUUCGAAUACCUCUUAGGGGCUGGCGUCUCGUCCGUUGAACUUGAGGUCAGGCGAGAUUAUCCUUUUGGUCAUCUGCUUGAACAGCAUCACCAAGUCAAGCAUCUGGCUAUAAAGUGGCCAUCAUCACCCCUGGUGGGCUUCGCCAUUGGGCUCCAGAAUGUGACAACUCUUGAACCGUUUCAGAACAACGAAUUUUUAGGGGAUGGUUUCAACAAGACACAUAAAAUGCUUUUUUCUAUUGCGCUACGUCGUAUGCUUACCAGCUCAUCAACCGAACCCCUAACUAAGGGUGUUGUGGACUUUGAGCAACACGGGAUCAUCGUUAGCAGACUAUUCUCAGCCAUUGUCGAAGGCUUACUGGUACUGGUCGGUAUUUUCACAAUCAUGCUCUGGUGGCAUAGCCACAGAGCAGCGAGCAACUUGACCAUGGACCCGGCCUCGUUGGGAUCACUGAUGAGCUUGUGUCAAAAAAGCUCUGUACUGUUGGAAAAGUUCUCUGGGAAGGGCUGCCUUCCUGACGAUAAGCUCCGAGAAGCAUUUCAGGACAAGAGGUUCCAACUAUUCUGCGGCUGUCAGAGCCAUUCGGGGCAGAUGACCAUCAAAAUUGUCGACACCCGAGAGGAGUUUUACGAAAGCCAGCGUUUCAGCAUCGAGCCGGAUCCCGCACUAUCCGUUGGCCACUAUUCGCCCGUUAAACCGUUGGCCCUGCGAAGGGCUGUCGGCGCAGCCGUGAUACUCUCCAUGAUAGGAGCAGCCGUUGCGCUUGUCUACUUGAAGUGGGAGGAGCAGCGCAUUGGAGGGCUCAUAAGGCCGACUACAGAUUUUGAGCUUCUUCAGAUUCUCGAAAAUUACGUCCCAACAUUAUUUGCGACGUUUCUGGAGCCGUUCUGGGUGCUCGUCAACAGGCUGCUAUGCAUUAUACAGCCCUUUAAGGAUCUGUGGACCGGCCGACGAGCUGCUGGCGGUUCUAUCGACGCAAGAUAUACCUCCCUGCCUCCUCAGUUGGUAGUUUGGAGGGCGUUCAAGUCUGGCCACUUCGUCCUGGUGGCAAUCUGUCUGCUUGCCCUUCUUUCGAAUCUGCUUGCGAUUGGCCUCGGUGGUCUCUUCAACGAACUUCCUGUUCUUGUCAAUAACACUUGUGAAUUCCAGCAGACAAUGAGGCCGACGCUCAACAAUAAUUCGGUACUGAGCAGAGAUAACUACAAUACAUUCCUUGGAAACGUCAUCUCAUACGAGAUGCAUUUCUACAUCGCAAUGAACAACAUCACGCAGGGCACUCCUCUACCUCCCUGGGUGACCAAGGACUAUUUCUUCCAGCCGUUCGCACUGAGUCGCGCGGGCAACGAGAAAGGCGAGGCUUACACAGCUCGUACUAGGGGAUUCGGUAUUAUUCCCUCUUGUUUCGAUGCCGGCAUCGUCAAAAGCCGUGGGAGACCCCCCGUCUUGAAUUAUACCUACACCCGCGAUGGUGAAGUACUCAAUUGCCCGACAACAUUUCAAGCGGAUGAUUUGAAACUCAACGUAACCUACGAUAAGCAGCCCUCCGGGCCAUCCGCCGCCGAGGGCGUGUCAUAUCUUAGCACAACCGGAUAUGGGACUUGCUCUGUCCCCCUAUAUCUUUCUUGGGCCAGAACUCCGAAUGGUUUGAACAAGGUAGACGGCGAGAUGGACACACAAUUCAUUGUUUGCACGCCCGAGUUCACCAACAGCAUGUUUGAUGUCACCGUAGACUCGCGGGGCUACGUCCUCAACACCACGCAAGUAUCCGAGCCGUCGUCCACACUCGAAUCGCCAACUUCACAGAACAAUACAGACGCGAUAAUAAUAUACCUUAACAACUUGAUGCCGGGCGCAUCCUUCCCCUGGCACAACGACACGCUAUCAAGCGACUGGAUGAAUUACUUGAUCAAGAUCCAGCCCGGACUAAGCGACGUGCUCGACCCGCUGACGACGCCGAACACUACGGCCAUCAUCCCGGCUGUCGACUAUAUCUACCGCCAGCUCUUCGCCCUCCUCCUCAGUCUGAACCCCGGCUUCUUCGACAACUUUACGGAACCGAUCACGAUCACCGGCAACGAGCGUCAAACCGAAACCCGAAUAUUCAUGGACAAUACCGCCCUUGCCAUUAGCCUUUCCGUGCUCGCUCUCAACAUCGCCGUCGCCAUCGUCCUCUAUGGCUUCACCAUAAAGCACUUCCUGCCGCGCAUGCCGACGACGAUCGGAUCGAUUCUUGCCUACCUCGCGCCCAGCAGGGCCGUCCGUGAGUACGAGUGGCCUGACAACACCAACAGCACCGAAAACGGCAGCAAAGGUUAUAAGAAGGGCAGCAAGAACAACCACAGCGGGCUCAGGAAGGCGCCGACAUUCAGUUUCGGUCGGUACGUCGGCGACGAUGGACGCGCACACGUGGGCAUCGAGAUGGACCCGUACGUGGUGCCGGUGAAACUGUCGGCGUUGAGGAAAGGGGAUACCGAACCGAAGACGGGGCUGCUGAGGCGUGUGUUGGGCCGAGGGAAGAAAGAGGGAAGAGGCGAUACAUGGUUAUAG